AAUAAAUUGCUGAAACUAAAAAAGACCAUUAUGAUAUCUUUACAAUGCCAUUAUUUGUCACAACUCCAAUGAUCCUCCUUUGUUGAAUCUGGCCAUUAACAUCACGUGAGUCUGACAAAUUCUCACACUCUGAUUCGCUCGGACAAGAUCGGGGAGCCAUUCUGACGUACAAGCGGUUUCCGGCAACGAACGCUUUAGCACCGAGGAGCCGGGCUUUGAAAUCAUAAGCCUCCACUAUCCAUCCACUAAACCUUUGCCUCUCUCGAUACCAAUCCUCAACCUCAACAUCACCACCACAUGCGCCCACAAUGUUUACCUCGAGAUCGAUAACGAGAAUCGCCCUGCGACGAGGAUGCCCUCUGAGGCAAUUCUCAACCUCGAGACCUCUCGCUGUGUCCUACCACUCAUACACUUUCCCAACACAUACCUCGACGCCUCCGAGAAACGACGACGUUCCUGAAACUUCAAUAACACAACCUGAUCCUCUCCCUAAAGUCCACGAGACACGACCUCCUCCUCAACAACCGCAGCAUCCUCAACCGCCUAAGCAACAAGAACCCGCGCCAACACAAAAUGCUACUCCCGCCACAUCGGCAUCAGCUCCGAAGCUCAGCGAAACAGAAGCUCAGAAGCCAAAGGCAGCUAGACCACGACCCAAGCUACGACCGCGCAAGGCCGCUAUGAACUUGACGCCCUCUGCGGUGGAGCAAUUACGAGAAUUGCUUGACCAGCCGGAACCGAAGCUCAUCAAGGUCGGAGUACGGAACCGAGGAUGCAGUGGCUUGGCCUAUCAUCUUGAAUACGUUGAUAAGCCGGGUGCUUUUGACGAGACUGUUGAGCAGGAUGGCGUCAAGGUCUUGAUUGACAGCAAGGCGCUGUUUAGUAUCAUUGGGAGUGAGAUGGAUUAUGUUGAGGACAAGCUUAACCAGCGGUUUGUCUUUAAGAACCCAAACAUCAAGGAGGAAUGCGGCUGCGGAGAGUCCUUCAUGGUCUAGAAUGAAAACCACCGUCUGGCCAUCGCACCAGUACAUACGAAAACAAAACAGAACACCACUCACGAGACGACGUCAUUCAUGCUUGAACGACAGGAAUGUUUUAAGAACCCAUCCCGUCGUCUCAACAUGAGACACGAGAGUCCGAAAAUGAUCAAAGUUCAGCGAGAAACAGCAUGCAUAGAAGCAUUUGCGAGUCGCGUCUUGUAAAAACCAAAAACAGGAACUGUCGGGGGCAGGCAUGGUAAACCCGUAACUAGGAUCGGCAUAAUCAUUGGCGUUGGGUUAGAUUGGAGACAUCACCUCCCUUUGUUUGAGAAAAACAUUAUACAUUCAUACAUACAUAUACCAGCGUGCCGCUUUCUGGUACAGAAAUGAGGAGACAUGGAAUAAUGAGAUGGUCACAACCAAAGGGAUCUUUUGUAGAUCGACAUGGCGAACUUGUGUAAAUAGUAUCAUAGGUUACAACUGCUGUCUCGCCGUCCUUUGCCCCCUGUUCUGCCCUCUGUUAUCGUGCCAUGUUCUUGAGCAAUGUCAUUCAGUAAGCAAAGACUUGCGAUGCGUGAGGAAGCAGCUCGCGAAUGGUUGGUACACUGAUACGGAGCAGAAGGGUUAGGCAUAAUGUCAAAUAAAUCGGGAGAGAUUCAGCUGUUCUCAAUGAAUGACGCUCAAAUCCAACUGGAAUAAAGAGUAGAAGCUAGAAGAAGAGCUUUGGCAGACG